AUGAAGUCUGGCACGAUGACUUGCUGCCAGGCGGUUGCUCUUCUCUUGCUCUCCUUUCUUCCCAGUGCUGCAGCUGGUGACCUGGUUCCCACUCUUGUGCCCUGGUCCACGCUGCAACUAGCCAAAGGGUGGUUCUUGUCACAGCCCAUCCUGGAGAUGACAACACACUGUGAUGAUGCCUGCACCCAUUGGGAGGCCACCCUGGUCCCUCAGGACUUCCAAGAGUACCUCUCUUACGAGACAGUGUAUCCCAACAGCACAUGUACCCUCACCAUGGUGGAAGUGAGCCCCUGGGCGAGUGGCGCAGAGAGGAGACAGCGGAAGUGGCACGUGCGAGGCAAGUGGCAGAUUUAUAGCGCAGACAGGCAGUUUUCCAUCAUCGAGAACCACUUCCUGAUGAACUACCCCUUCUCUGCCACCUUCAAGAUCUCCACGGGCUGCAUGGGCGUGCUGGUGUCCAAAUGGCACGUCCUCACUGCUGCCCACUGCAUUCACAACAACAAAGACUACAUGAAGGGGGCCAAGAAGAUCAGGGUGGGUUUCCUGACACUGGCACAGGGUGCUGGCAAUGGGAUGGGGACAGAGAGGCUGACAAUGCGCUGGGCUCAGAUGCAGUGCAUGCAGGUGCCCACAGGCUGGAUCUGGGGCCCCAAGUUGGUCGGCAUGGACAACGACUACGCCCUUUUGGAGCUGCACGGGCCACACCGAUGCCCGCACAUGAAGCUGAUGGCAGCUCUGGCAGUGGAGGAGGUGGCUGGGAAGAGGAUUCAUUUCUUGGGGUUUGACAGUGAUCGGCCAGAUGACUGCUUCUGUGGGGUGGAGGACAAGACAGUCCACCUCAUCUACCAGCACUGUGAUGCCAGGCCUGGUGUGUCCAGCUCUGAGGUGUAUGGGAAAGUGUGGGACCCUGUAUGACACAAAUGGGAGAGGAUGGUGAUCAGGAUCUUCUCAGGGCACCGGUGGCUAGAAGUGUCUGGGGAGCACCACAACUAUAAUGUUGCCGUUCACCUGACCGCUCUAAAGUUUGCUCAGAUUUGUUACUGGAUCAAAGGCGACUCUAAAAGCUGUCACACUGAAUGA